AUGUCACUCUUCAACAUCACCGAGCACACCAUCCAGGCGUCUCACAUCCGCGACUUUCCCCGCGCGACCGCCUCCUCCCAGGAUGAGGCGCUGCUCCUCGCCGUGAAGCAGUACGUCCCCAAGGAUAACCCCAAGCCGCAAAGGGGCGACUUGACCGUCAUCGGCGCCCACGCCAACGGCUUCCCCAAGGAGCUGUAUGAACCCCUCUGGGACGAAUUCUACCUCGAGGCGAAAAGGCUCGGCAUCCGCAUCCGCAGCAUCUACAUCGCCGACGCCGCGUGGCAGGGCCGCAGCGGCAUCCUCAAUGAGGGCAAGCUUGGCAACGACCCCGGCUGGAACGACUACGCCCGCGACAUCGUCCAGCUCAUCAACCACUUCCGGCCCCCGCGGCCCCUCCUCGCCGUCGGCCACUCCUUCGGCGCAAACGCCCUCACCAACGCCGCCCUCCUCCACCCGCGUCUCUUCUCCGCCGGCCUCGUCCUCCUCGACCCCGUCAUCGGGCACUUCGACUCCACCCCCGUCACCCUCCGUCUCGGCCCCGCCGCCCUGAGCGUCAACCGUCGCGACGUCUGGCCAUCGCGCGCUGACGCCGCCGCGUCCUUCCGCAGGAGCAAGUUCUACCAGGCCUGGGACCCGCGCGUGCUCGACCGCUGGAUCGAGUUUGGCCUGCGCGACGUCCCCGCUUCCGCUGCUUCGCCGGCUGGCAAGGGCGACGAUGAUGGUGCAGCCGCGAAGCCGCCGCCCGUGACGCUCUCUACGACUAAGCACCAGGAAGUCUUUACCUUCUUGCGCCCCAGCUGGCCCGCCUUCAACGCCGACGGCUCCAAAGUCAUCCACCAGGAGCGGUGUCCCGAUCUCGACGACAACCUCAACCCCUCCGUCUCCAACUGGCCGUUGUACCGCGCCGAGGGCGGCAACACCAUGGUUCGCCUGCCAAACGUCCGUCCCGCCGUGCUCUACGUCAUUGGCGGGCAGAGCGUUACCAUCACUCCCGAUGUCGUCCGUGAGCGAACGGCCAUCACGGGCACGGGCACGGGCGGUAGCGGAGGCGCCGCGCAAGGCCGUGUAAGACAGGUGACGCACCCGGACCACGGCCACUUGAUUCCUAUGGAGGCACCGGCGUACUGCGCCAGACACGCCGCCGAGUGGGCCAAAGGCGAGCUGGACCGAUGGUGGGCCGAGGAGAAGGAGUACGACCAGUGGACGAAGAAGCCGCUGGCCGAGAGGACGACAGUAAGUGAUGAAUACAGGCGUUACCUGGGUGUACAAGAUAGCAACGGGGCAAAGAUACCACCGAAGCCAAAGAUAUAA